UUACAUCAGCUGAUAAUUUGGUUAAACUCGUUACAGGCCUGUGGUAAUGAGGUGUUUGUUCUGUGUGUAGAUGGCACAACAAGAAGAACCUCUUUAUGAUUUCCCGGAGCCGACGCAGUCUUCAGUCAAGAAAGUCCUGGGACAUCACAGGGGACGAGGAUCUCUGAGGAGCAUCAGUGUCCUGGACCGCCUCCUGCUCACCGUCCCUGUCUGGCUCCAGCUGUCAAUCAACCCUGCCACUGCCCUGCACAUACUGCAGAGGGAGCCACCAGGGACGUUUUUGGUGCGAAAAUCUCGAACAUCCCAGAAAAACGUGCUGUGCGUACGUUUGGAGGAUGACAGCAUUCCAUCAUUUGUCCAACAGUUUGGUAUCGUGGAGGAACCGUCCGCUCUGUGUCUGGAAACUUCCGCCAUCAGCUUCCCAGAUCUCCCAAGACUCAUUGCUUUCUACUGCGUCAGCAGGGAUGUGUUACCGUUCCCUUUGGAACUUCCUGAUGCCAUUGCGAAGGCAAGUUCCCACAAAGAGCUGGAGUCCAUCUCUCACAUGGGAAUAGAAUUUUGGAAUUCUCAUCUAAACGUCCGUGGGCCACGGGAGACACCAAAGUCCCAGAAGGACGUGGAGAAGAAGCCAGACGGUGAUGGCGUGACCUCGACUUCUUCUUCUUCUGCUGUUCCUCCAAACACGAGCUCUGGUUCAACUUCCCAGACCGGUUCAGAGAAGCAGAACACGACAGAACCGGAUUCAGACAAAAUAACCAUCAAACCCACUCUGUUCCACGAGUUCUGUCCAAUCACGACUCGCAGCCCCCGAGAGUUGGACUGUGGCUCUGGUCUGGGGGCCUUCUGCUUCAUCAACCCUCUGUUCCUGCAGUCUCACAACGUCCUGUCCAGACGGCGUUUUUUAAAACGCAGCCUCAAGGUUCGAGUCUCCACAGAGUCCUCCACCCUGCUGUCACCUCCUCUGGCUCCACCGCCUCCUCCGCCUCUCAUGCCUAAAAUAAAGCGGAAAUGUAAACCUCAGGAACAGCAGGAGCAGGAUGGGACUCAAUCAACAGCUCAGGAAACUCCUGCCGAGGUUCACACUGAAGCUCCAUCAGUGGCUCCUCCUGAGGAGCAAACGCAACCUCAAGGGGAGGAAGAUGAACUCGAAGUUCCGCUCCCAAUAAUCCUGGAGCAUCUCCCUGACGACGCAGACUACAUGCAGCCUCCUGCAAUUGGCAACCCCUUCCUCCCUCGUCCACUCUCUCCUUACCUCUCACCAGCUGUUGCUUCCAUUGCACCUCCUAUUUCCCCUAAAGGAACUCCCCCACUGUCUCCCGCGAGAUCACCUGGUGCCUCUCCAUCUCUCUCCCCAUAUCAGUCUCCAUCCCUUUCACCCAGAAUCCCUAUUUUUCUCUCUCUUCAGGACUCACCCAGCACUUCACCCUAUCAGUCCCCCUGUCCUUCUCCAAAGCCCCUCUUCUCCUUGUCUCCCAUCACUUCCUCACCACUCUCACAAAUGGCAGAGCAGAAUUAUCAAACGCCGACCGUCCUCCAAAAGUCUGAGCAAGACACUCCAGGGGGAGAAGUCAACGAAAGAGAAGAGGAGGAAGAGGAGGAGCAGCAGCAGGUGAAUGUGGAUGAUGGGAUGGAGAAUGGAGCUGCAGCUGCUGAGAAUUGUGAAGUCAUUGAAAAGGAAGAGGAGGAGGACAAGAAGAUUGGACAGAUUGAAAAGGAGGAGUUGGAGGCACGGGGACUCGUUUUACAGAUGAAUGCUGCUGCUCUCAAUGACACGGACUGCAGUUCCUCCCAUGAACUGGAGGGGGCGGCAGAGAUUGUACCUCCGUCAUCUCAAGGCAACGCCGAAUGAAAGCAGGGAGGACAAAGUUAAAUUAAAUAAACCUCAGCUGACACUUGUUGAUUGUUGUAUUUUAAGUGUUUCUAAAUACUGUCGCUCACAUACAGCUACCAAAGUAUUUAAUAAAUUUAAAACCAUAAUAUAAUUUUGUCCUCAAUGAUGUGCAAUUAAAAAAAGAGCUGUAAAGGUUUAAAAUCCAUAUUAUAUAUUUGUUUCUGUUACGUUUACAGCUGGAUUAAAAUCAGGUUUAAUAUUUGAAGACAAUAAAACCAUCGUCUCCAACAGCCUUUUAUUUCUUUAGAUUCAAUGUCAAAUGACUAAUGUUGUGAGUGAAGUAACAAACGAUUAUAUAUGCAGUAAAUAUAUAUAU